AUGAACACAGACGAAAAUACGGAUGAUCCCUUCGACGCGUCGGAAGACGACCAUAUAAAAAAAUUAGAACAGGAAAUCAAGAACCUCGAGGGCGCAGCAAAUGUCCCCAGACGGGACAGUCUUAAGAGGACACCGCCGAAGUUCAGAAGCUUCUCGAUCUCAGAUCCGGUGACAACCCAAACGUCAGAGGGCUCACCGGACAGGGACAGAAAAAGAAACAGGGACUCAGAAAGCGAAAGCCCAGAAGCCAGGGAGCUAAAAACCGCAAAGAUAAAAAUGACAAAGGACCAAGAAGAAAUGGCAAAAAAAACCAAAGUUAUAGAAGCAAUGCUAAAAAAAGAACAGGAACAAGAAGAAAAAAGAAAAGAAAAAGCACUUCUGGAAAAAACCGAAAAAGAGAAAAAAGAAAAAAUAGAAAAAGAAAGGCAGGAGAAAACAGAAAAAGAAAAGAAGAAAAAGGCUGACCAAGAGAACAUCAUCAAAGGUGCGAGUUCCGCGAGUGUCGGGCUAGUGUCGGGUAGUGCGGCGCAAAUUAUACCAAACAUAUCCCAGGACAAUACAGACAACGAACGACAAAAUGAAGGAACUGAGAAAAAAUAUGAAAGAAGCGGUUACAAGGACAACUCCGCGUUCGCGACAAAAGAACAAAAAACCGUCUUAAACGGACUCGACGAAAUAACGACUCUCUACGCGGACCUAAUAACACAAUUGCUCCUACAAGAAAUCGAAAUCAACAAACUGCAACAAGAAAACAUAUCACUAAAAAGCAACAGACAAACAACGGACACCUCAGAAGACAGACUUAAAAAUUUACAAUACGAAAUAAUAAAAGCAAUAAAACCAACACAAUCAUCACAACCUACAAUGACAAACCAAACAAGCGUAAAUACUCCACCUACACACACCACAAGCACAGACUUCCCUCAACUUGGACAAAGGACAUACGCCCAGUUGACAAAAAAGACAAACACAACAACAAACACGCAAGAAAAAAAACCCUGGACAACCCCAGAGCAAACAAAAAAAUACGACACGGUUAUAAAAAUAAAAGAAGGAGAAACGGGGAAUACGAUAACCGAGCUUAAAAAGGUGAUAAAACCAAAAGACAUGGAAGGCACACAAAUUAGACACACAAGAACGGCUAUAGUACUAACAUCACAAACAAAAGAAAAACAAAACGAAAUACUAAGACGGACACAACAAUCAACAACACUAGACAUAAAGGACGGCACCAGACAGAACGAACCGACAGCAAUACUCACGGGACUAAGAAAGGAAAUGACAAUGGACGAACUGACAGAAGCUCUAAAAAUGGAAAAUGAUGACUUAAACGAAAACUUCGGGGACAGACUUAAACUUCUGACAGUCGUAUCGACCCGGCCUUGCCGUAACCCUUACAAAGAAAACAUUUACAUACGGGGACCAACGGACAUCAUCAAAUAUUUAUUAAAAACAGGAAAAGUAUACGUAGACUUUCAGACCAUUUUUAUAAAUGAGGCCACGCAAAUUGCACUUUGCUUUAGAUGUUGCAAAUACGGACAUGUGUCCAAAUAUUGUAAAGAGACGACACCGACAUGCUACCGGUGUGGAGAUGGACACGACGGAAACACAUGCAACAAAGACAUCUACAACUGUAUUAACUGUGAAAGACUCAGACUAACACCACGCGGACACCAGGCUAGAGACGCUAAUUGCCCUAUAUAUAACAAAAAAAUGGACGAGGCUCGGGCUCAGACAUCGUACAAAUAG